GCAAAAGAAAGAUACAGGUCCCAGAUCCCGAUCAGCCGCAUGUCGCAAGCUGACCUGGAGAAGAGGCAGGUGCGGACGAGUGGGGUAGCCCUAUUGGCUAGUCGCGGCCCUUAGACGCCGCCCAUCCCUGCAGCUCUCGCGUCUCGCGUAUAGCGUAUUCCGAGGAAAAGUCCGUUCGAGACUGUGUAGCAUGCUGCUGAGGGCCAUACCCACCACGACGUCGCAUCACACAGCCAUGGCACUGCGCGAACUGCCAUUCCGGACCGCCGCGGUCAUUCGGAACAACACCAGACCCGCCAUCCGCGCAGCCGCUCCCCUGUGCCACCGCAAUGCCUCAACCGAAGCAGUCCGUGAAAUUGAGGAUGCAUCAUCACUCGAGAUCCCGGCGCCAUCGCAGGAACUCGCAAAGAACUACGACCCCGUAGCACGGAGUAGACUGCGGAGACGAGGAAACAAGCAGCUGCCACCAAGCAGAUACCAAUACCGUUCGCCCAAAUACUACCGGGGUCCUCUUCACCCUCAUCAACCGCCUCCAGAGUCUGACCCCUCAUCGCGACUCUUCCAACCCGGACCCUUUAGUCUCUCCCGCCUCGAGCAAACAUAUCAGAGCAAGAUCGCAUCCGACCUGCUCACCCUCACAUACCAGCACUAUCCCCCAGGAUACCGGGCUGCCAAAACAGAUCAAAGACUGCGAGAAUGGACCGGUGACUCUCAAUACUUCAAAAACCGUCCCCUAAGGCCUCCACGUGGUAAGGGUGAGGUACUUCGGCUGCUCCAAGAGCCCCGCACUUUCCGCAAUGUUCCCAAGAUCACAGGCGUCACAGUUCAUUCCAUGGUACCAGAAGCCCAAGAGAAUAGUGGAAAUCUGCACGUUGCGGGUAUGAUCCUACAAGCCAUCAGCAACGUACGAGCUACAUCCCACAAGGCAAAGCACAAUGUCGUUGGGUGGGGAUUGCGUGCGGGCAGAUAUGUCUCCGUGACAGCCAAAAUGGAGCGGGAAGAUGCCGAGCACUUUUUGGCAAAGCUCAUCGAUGUGGUCCUGCCGAGAAUCAAGGAGUGGAAGGGUGUUCCAGGUUCGUCUGGAGACGGACACGGUAAUAUGAGCUUUGGUCUUACCCCAGACCAGCUCGCUCUCUUCCCGGAGAUUGAGGUCAAUUAUGAUGCGUACCCGCCUAAGAUGAUUCCUGGCUGCCACAUCACCAUCCAAACAGAUGCCACCAACAACAAGGACGCACGUUUACUUCUCCAGGCCAUCGGAAUCCCAUUCUACGGCAAGCUCAAUGACUAAAUGCGCAGGUGUCCAUCUGUGGUGUAUAAAACGUGUAGAACAUUUCAGAGUUGACUACGCCUUGCGCUAGAUUGCCCGUACUGCAUCACUGGUCUCACAUCUUGACUCUGUGGAGUUGACAACUGAGAGACAUAUCCCUCCAUCAUCGGUCAGAGACCUAGCUCAGUGUGUCGGGAACUGUACAGUAAGAGCAAAUGGCACAAUCACAGACCUACAAGCCAAAGCAAUGACUCGUAUUUGUCUGGCUAUGCUAUGUGAUGAUUGUAGAUAUCUUACUACUGCGAGACGUACUGUGUAACAUGAUUGAAAUCGAAAGUUGAACACAUGCACAG